AAACCCGAAACAUGAGCCACGUGCAGAACGUCACCACGGACCAUGUGGUGAUCUACGAGUUCGCCUGGCCACUGCUGGUGGCCUUGUUCGAGGUGGACCUGUACAGGAUCGCCCUGGAGCUGGUGGCCCACGCCCUGCUGACCGUGGUGGCCGUGGUGGUGGUCAGGAAGUCGCUGGGCAUGGACGACUCCCGCAGCGGACAGCACGCGGUGUACUCCACCGUGGGACUGAUCUUCUGUGCGGGCGAGGCUCUGCUGGUGUGCCACUCCUGGUGGCUCAAGGACCUCACCAGCCGGAGGCGUCUGGUCCUGCUGCACAUGGUCCUCGGGAUGGCGGGCCUCUGGCUGGGACUGAUCGGGAUUUUCCUGAAGAGUCUGGCCAAGAGCAGGGCCAAGGAGCGGGACCGCCACUUCGCCUCCAAGCACGGAGCCUGCGGCCUUCUGGGAUUCCUGCUGGUCGCCGGUUCCCUGGUCACCGGACUGGCCCUGGUCCACCUGAGCCACCUGGUGCUGCACCUCGUCCACCGCCUGACGGGAUUCUGCGGCUUCGUAUGCCUCUGCUGCUGCCAGUGGUUCGCCCUCAACUUGGGAUUCGCGCGGCGGGAGUGGAGCAGCGGGCAGAUCAAGUGGCUCAAGAUCAUUACCCUGGGCGCCACCGUUGCGGUGACCGGCUACGAGUUUCUCUGCCUCGCCAAGGACAUCGUCCACCUGCUCCCCAGGAGCUGGUUCACGGGGAUCGGGCUCAAGAUGAAGGACCUGAGUGACCUCGUCGUGGAAUGA